UGGAGCUGGAGCUGCAGGUGUCUGAGCUGCCUCAGUUUGGUGUUUGUCGUUUAGGUGUGAAGAGCUCUGUUCUGAGGAAGUCGCAUUAAUGGGGACCUUACCUGCUUUAUUCGCUAUCAUUGCCGGGGUGAUCGUGCCCACCCUAGCUGGUUACAUCGAGGCACUUGCAGCUAAUGCUGGCACAGGCUUUGCUGUGGCUGAGCCACAAGUGGCCAUGUUUUGUGGCAAGCUCAACAUGCACGUGAAUAUUCAGACUGGCAAAUGGGAGCCUGAUCCAUCUGGAAGCAAGAGCUGUUUAGGGAACAAAGAAGAAAUCCUUCAGUACUGCCGAGAGGUAUAUACAGACCUUAUGAUCACCAACGUAGUAGAGGCCAACCAGCCAGUCAGCAUUGACAACUGGUGCAAGAAGGGAAGGAAGCAGUGCAAGGGACAUUCCCACAUUGUAGUGCCAUAUAAAUGUCUAGGUAAUGUAUGGGUUCUGCACAUUUGA